AUGUCCGGCUAUGAUAACCCGCCCGACUCCAAACCGGCCUUCAACCCCUACGAUGGCGAAGACUCCUACACGAUGAUCAACCUCCCAUCCUCCUCCUCAUCAUCAUCAUCUUCAUCCUCCCCCGACCUACUCAUCGACAAGGCCGCCGGGUCCGCCAAAGGUCACACUCACAACAACCUCAGAGCCAUCCCCGACCUCUCAACCCUCCAACCUUCCGCCCUCCGCUCCCUAACCACCUCCCCCUUCUCCGAGCACGAGCUCCUCUCCCCCUCAUUUCAACACAUCCGUCGGACCCUCUCCCGCUCUCCAUCCCCUCCUCCUCCCCGCUCUUUCCAACAACAACAUGGCCCCGAUAGGCCCAAUACUUCCAACCUAAAAUCUCGAAUCAGCAACUUCCUCCACCGCAACCGCCCCCUCUUUCAAGUAGCCAUCGCCCAGCUGUUCGGGGCUUUGAUGAACCUCGCCGCGCGGUUACUUGAACUCUCAGGAGAAGGGGGAAAAGAAGCAGGAAUGCACCCCUUCCAAAUCCUUUUCGCCCGGAUGUUCCUCACGGCCCUCCUCUCGCUUCUCUACAUGCAUUGGAAAAAGGUCGAGUAUGCGCCGUGGGGGAGGAGGGAGGUUAGGUGGUUGUUGGUGUUGAGGGGUGUUACCGGGUUUUUCGGCAUCUUCCCCCUCUGGUACUCCAUGCUCUACCUCCCCAUCGCCGAAGCAACAGUAAUCACCUUCCUCGCCCCCUCCCUCUCCGGCUAUCUAUCUCACCUUUUACUCAAAGACCCAUUCACCAAAAAAGAGCAGAUAGCGAGUUUUGUGGCUUUGGCGGGGGUUGUGUUGAUCGCUCGCCCUGUUUCGUUCUUCGCCUCCUCUACACCAGCAGCAACCGUCUCACCCUCCUUUGGCUCCAACCAAAACAACAUCACCUCCUCCGCGUUUCCCACCAUCCCUGAUUCCACCGGUAUCCCCGACGUCUCCCCCGCAGAACGCCUAAUAGGCAUCCUCACCGCCCUCCUCUCCGUCCUCGGCGCCUCCUCAGCCUACACCACCAUCCGCGCCCUCGGUCCCUCCACGCACCCCUUGAUAUCCGUCAACUAUUUCAGCCUCUGGUGCACCCUCGUCUCCCUUUUGGCUCUCCUGCUCUGCCCCGUUUUGGACAUCGGGCAGGAAGCUACGGAUUUGGUACCCGCUAUUCGAUGGGGACUGCCGCGGGGGGUAUAUCAAUGGGCGUUGCUUGUGGGACUGGGAGUGGCGGGGUUCGUUAUGCAGUUUCUUUUGACGAGUGGGUUGGGGGCUGGGCCUGGAAAGGACGGGGAUGGGAAGGAGAGGGUUGAGGGAGGACAAGGUAGGAGGAGGGGAGGUGAAGGAAGGGCUGGGGGAGGAAGACGGGGGACGAUGACGAGGGGAGCAACAAAAUCGAAUCGGGCGACGGCGAUGGUUUAUACGCAGAUGUUGUUCGCGGCGGGGUUUGAUAGGUGGGUGUUUGGACGGACGAUGAGUGGGUGGAGUGUGGUUGGGUGUGGCUUGAUUGUUGGGAGUGCGUUGUGGGCUGUCUUGGGGAAGGAGACGGAUGUGAAGAAGGAAGGGGUAAGGGAUGGACAGGAAGAUGUGGAUUUGGAGAUGACCGAGGGCGGGGUGAGGUAUCAAAGGAGUGAGAGCGGUGAAGAAGAGGAAGGGGCGCCGAUGUUGAGAAGGACAGAAGUAGAAGAGGAGGAUUCAUCCAGGGGCCGACGGACUGACUGA